UAAUACCACGAAUUUUCACAACCACGUAUGUGUAUCUCGUUCAGCAUUUAGCAAGAGAUUUAGAGUUCUGAUACAGUUUGCAAAACAAGAGAAGAAAUGGCCUUGGCUAUGGUGGGAGAGGCACUCAUCUCUGCUUCUGUGGAGAUGUUUUUAGAUAGAAUAACUUCUACAGAGUUUCGAGAUUUCUUUGCCAAAAGGAGGCUCAAUGUUUAUUUGUUAGAUGAACUGAGGAUAAAGCUGCUGGCACUUGAUGCUGUGUUCAAUGAUGCUGAGGAGAAGCAGAUCACCGAUCUCGCCGUGAGGGCAUGGCUUGAUGAGUUGAAGGAUGCUGUCUUGGAUGCAGAAGAUUUGUUGGAUGAAAUCAACACUGAAUCUUUGAGAUACAAGGUGGAGGGAGAAUCUAAAAGCUUUACCCAGGUGAGAUCAUUAUUUUCUUCUCCCUUUAAAACACUGAAUUCCAAACUUGAAGCAAUAUCUGGAAGGCUAGAACAUUUUCUGAAACAGAAAGAUAUUCUUGGUUUGCAAAGUGUUUCUAGGAAUGUCUCUUGUAGCAAGAGUACAGAUUCGUUGGUUGAACCCGUUGUGGUUGCUAGAAAGGAUGACAAAGACAAGUUACUGAAGAUGCUUCUAUCUGAUGUUGAUGCCAAAUCUAAUAAUAAUACAGAAGUGAUCACAAUCCUAGGCAUGGGAGGUCUGGGCAAAACAACCCUUGCUCAAUACCUUUAUAAUGAUAGUAAAGUACAGAACCAUUUUGAUUUGAAAGCUUGGGUAUGGGUAUCGGAUGUAUAUGAUGUUUUCAAGGUAACAAAACAAAUUGUUGAUUCUGUAUCAUCCAAAGAUUGUAAUAGCACCAAUCCUGAUGUUCUUCGCGUUGAAUUAAAAAAUAGCUUGAAAGAUAAAAAAUUUUUGCUUGUGCUUGAUGACCUCUGGAAUGAAGAGUAUAAUGACUGGAAUCAAUUGAUAACUCCUUUUACUAGUGGGAAAAAGGGAAGUAGGAUCAUUGUGACAACCCGACAACCAGAAGUUGCAAAGUUUACCCAUACAUUUCCCACUUACAAGCUGGAAUCUCUGACAGAGGAAGAUUGUUGGAGGAUACUGGCAAAUCAUGCAUUUGGAAAUGAAGGUUACGACAAAUAUCCAAGUCUAGAAAAAAUUGGUCGGCAAAUUGCAAGAAAAUGUGAUGGCCUACCAUUAGCUGCUAAAACAUUGGGAGGUCUUUUGCGAUCAGAUGUUGAUGAAAAGGAAUGGAAAAGAGUUCUAGACAGCAAGUUGUGGGCACACAACGAUGUUUUACCAGCUUUGAGCAUAAGUUAUCUUCAUCUUCCAGCACAUUUGAAAAGAUGUUUUGCCUAUUGCUCAAUCUUUCCAAAACAACAUCUGUUGGACCGAGAAGACUUGAUUUUGUUAUGGAUGGCUGAAGGCCUUCUACAACAAUCCGCAGAGAAAGAACUGGAAUUAGUUGGUUCUGAUUGCUUUAACGAGUUAUUAUCCAGAUCCUUAAUUCAGAGAUACAAAGCUGUUUCAGAGUACAAGUUCCAAAUGCAUGACCUCAUCUAUGAUUUAGCUCCAGAGGACAAGUUCCGAAUGCAUGACCUCAUCUAUGAUUUAGCUAGACUUGUAUCAGGAAAAAGAUCUCACUACCUGGAUUGCAGUGAAAUUCCAAAAAAUGUGCGCCAUCUAUCUUUUUCUAGCAACAAUUAUGACGUCUCUAAAAGAUUUGAGAGCUUCUAUGAGCUGAAAUGUUUGCGGACCUUUCUACCAUUGAAUAGAUGGGGCUGUAACAUAACCAGAAAAGUGCCACAAGACUUGUUGCCAAAACUAAAAUGCCUACGAGUUCUAUCAUUAUCAAACUAUCGAAACAUCACUGAGCUGCCUGAUUCUAUCUACGUCUUGGUGCUUCUGCGGUAUCUUGACCUUUCCUCUACUUCCAUGAAAAGGUUGCCUGAUGCAACCUUCAAGCUUUACAAUUUGCAGACUUUGAAAUUGUCAAACUGUAGUUCUCUUGUUGAGCUAUCUGAUUCCAUAGGCAUCUUGGUGCUUCUGCGGUAUCUUGACCUUUCCUAUACUUCCAUCAAAAGGUUGCCUGAUGCAACCUUCAAGCUUUACAAUUUGCAGACUUUGAAAUUAUCAAACUGUAGAUCUCUUACUGAGAUACCAGCACAGAUAGGAAAUUUGGUCAAUUUACGACACCUUGAUAUCAGUGACACAAAUUUGAUGGAGAUGCCAACAGAGAUAUGCAGGCUACAAGAUCUCUGUACACUGACUUCUUUUGUUGUAGGCAAUAAAGAUGGAUUAAAGAUCAGUGAAUUAAGAAAAUUUCCCUAUUUGCAGGGUAAGCUUUCCAUUCUGAAGCUGCACAAUGUUUUUGAUCCCAGAGAUGCAUUUCAAGCCAACUUAAAGAACAAAGAGCAGAUUGAGGAGCUUAUGCUCGAGUGGGGCAGCGACCCACAAGAUUCACAAGUUGAGAAGGAUGUACUUGACAACUUGCAACCAUCCACGAUGUUAAAGAAACUGAUCAUCAGAUACUACAAUGGCACAAGUUUCCCAAAUUGGCUGGGUGAUUCUUCAUACUGUAAUGUUCAAGUCCUGUAUAUCAGUGACUGCAACUAUUGCCUUUCACUUCCACCGUUUGGACAAUUACCUUCUCUUAAGAAGCUUGUCAUUAAAAAGAUGAAAAUGGUGAAGACAGUUGGUCAAGAGUUCUACUGCAGCAGUGCAAGCUCCCAAUCUUUCCAGCCAUUUACAUUGUUGGAAAGUCUUGCGUUUGAAGAGAUGUCAGAGUGGGAGGAGUGGCUAGCAUUUGAAGGUAAAGGUAGCGAUUUUCCUUUUCCUUGUCUGAAGCGUUUGAGUUUAUCCGAAUGUCCCUUGUUGAGAGGAAACUUGCCCAGUCGUCUACCUUCUUUGGAACAGGUUCAUAUCGCAGGGUGCAACCAGCUGGAGGCAAAAUCAUGCGAUGUGCAGUGGAAUACAUCAAAUGAAGAAAUGAGUGUUAGAGAAGGGGGAGAGGGGUUGUCUUUGCUUGACAACUUGUCUUGUCGCGAACUAUCAAUUGAAAAUUGUGACAGCCUGCAGUGUUUGCCAAGAAUGAUUCUUAAUGCCAAUUGUCUUCAAAGCUUGUAUCUUAGAAAUAUCAGGUCUUCCAUGUCCCUCCCAACUGAUGGUUUGCCCACGUCAUUGCAAACACUUCAUAUCUUUAACUGUGAGAAGUUAGAAUUUGUGUGUGCUGAAAGAUGGCAGAAAUACACAUCACUUGAAUUCCUGUCAAUCUUUAGGAGUUGUGAUUCGCUCAUGUACUUUCCGUUAGAUUGCUUCCCAGCUCUUCGAUGCCUUAUUAUCAAUCUGUGUCCCAACUUGGAAGCAAUUACUGAUAAAGGUGGAAGGGCCUCUCCUAAUUUAUUAACUGAUUUUUAUGUCUAUAAUUGUAAGAAACUUAGGUCACUUCCAAGCUGGUUUCCUUCCAAUUUACAAGUUCUUGGUGUUUAUGGUGGAAUAUUUACCUUCCAAUUACGCGUCACUUCUCUGUCAUGUCUUAGUCUCAAUGGGAGAGGUUUGGGGGAUGUGAUCAAUACCUUGCUGAGGGAGCCAUCACUGCCCACUUCUCUCACGUCUCUGAGUCUGUCCUUUUUUUAUGGUUUAAAGCGGUUGGAAGGGAAAGGGCUUCAACAUCUCACUUCUCUGAAAACGCUUUACAUCUUCCAAUGUGAAAGCCUCGAGUCAUUGCCAGAGGAUCAACUGCCAUCGUCUCUUGAAUUACUGAGUAUAAUCUUGUGUCCAUUGCUAGAAGAAAGGUAUGGAAAUGAGAAAGGGAAACACUUCGCAAAGAUUGCUCACAUUCCUGCCAUCGAAAUAAACGAUCAAGUCAUAAUAUGAGGGGCUGCACGGCAGGCAGGAAUCAUCCAAAGCUGUGAUGGUGCCACUUGACAACACUCAUUUCAAUCAUGCUAUCACAUUGUUCUUUCAUCACAAAAGCUUUCAUUCGAAGGAGUUGGACCAUUUACAUGUUAUAAAGAUUAUCAAAACUAAUGGUUUGCUGAGGUUAAUUUCAUAUAUGGGAUUAUAAUUUAUUUUCAAGACCAGAAUGUAAUGAAUUAUAUUUUUGAUGUUUUUGUGGUAUUCUCUAAACCUAGAUUUUACAUUGGAGUUUGAAGAUAAUUUAUUAAUAUUUUAUGAAACAAUUAUUAC